UGAGAUAGAGGGUUUAAGAUUCGGUCCAUCCAUCCUUCAGUCCUCCCAGAUUGAAAGUGGGCCGGCAGACAAACUGAUCAUUGUUACUCAUCUUAACGAAGAGUUUUCCACUCCGGCUCCAAUCAAGAUGCAGUGCAGCUGCAGCUCCUCAGUCGGUCACCUUUCUUCACCUUACUGGAGCAGAACAGUGCUGUUCCCUGACUGGGCCUACAAACCCACCUGGUCGCCCGGCUCCCGACAGAUCCAGCUUUGGCACUUCCUACUUGAGCUACUGGCCCGAGGCGAGGGCGGGGCCAUUGGCUGGGGAGGGGAGUGGGGCGAGUUUGUCAUCAGGGACCCUGAGAAGUUGGCCAGGCUGUGGGGCGAGAGGAAGGGCAAGCCACACAUGAACUACGACAAGCUCAGCCGGGCCCUCAGAUACUACUACAACAAACGCAUCCUGCACAAGACCAAAGGGAAACGAUUCACCUACAAGUUCAACUUCAGUAAACUCAUUCUCGUCAACUAUCCGGGAUACCCACCGCCAGCACCACCAGCACCGCCAGCACCACCAGCACCGAGCCAUCAGCUCGUCCAGAGCGGCUCUCUUCUAUUCCCUCAUCUCGCUGCUGACAGUGGCCUUCCUCUCUGUGGAAGAGCAGGGUCAGUGAUGGACAGAGCGGUUCAGCCUCUGCCUCACCCCUUCCUACUCCCGUGCUGCCUUCCUGAACCGCUCCCCGUGCCUCGGGCUCUCCACGGCCCUUUCCCCGUCAUCUCCACCCCUGCACGGCCAGGAGUCAACCUGAGGGAGCUGGGGGAAUUGAGCCUGAAUGCUCGCUGGCUGCACAAGAGCCCCGCAGGGUGGGAUGUGAACCAUUACGUCAGUCGGAGCCUGUAUGAGGGAGCGAAGCAGACUCAACUUCAAGAUGAGGAGAAGGCAGCAGGGAGACGGUUAGAGUGACAAAGAGAAAACAAGCUACAACAGAUGGACUGCUUUCCUUCCUCAAAUCUCUCAAACACAAGCUUUUUUGUGUGCUGUUUGAGCUUGUUGUACAAUAGUUUAUUAUUCACUACCUGUGGUUUAAAAUGCACAGACUUUGUGGGCUAUUUAUUUAGUUGGACCAUGUUGUCUUCUUCUUCUUCAUUUUUAUUAUUUUUUUUUUUUUUGCAUAGAAAUAUUUAUG